GGCUCUUUCGCCCCCGGUGCGGCGCGACCCUCUGCCCCUGCCCAAAAUGGCGCUGCCCUACGGGAAGGCCGGGGCCUCCGCGUCCCCCGCCCCUGCCCGGAGCUAAAGUCGUUUGAGGGGCUAGGCGCAUCCCCGAGGCGCUCCGCGAUUUUCUCCUGCUUGCCCCACUUCAGUUUCCACGAGAAUUUUCGGCUUGGUAGCACCUUGUGGGACAGGCAGGGCCAGCGCCGGGGACCGGCGUGAACAAAGCGGCCGCAGGCGCACGGAGAGCAAGUGCCUGUGGGGUCCCUGUCGGAGGCAGCGGUUGGCAGGGCGGGGCCCAGUGCCGGGGGAGCUGGCUGGGCGGCUGCCUCGGCCCCUCUGGCUUUCUCAUUAGCUCGGGGUGCAGAACAGAUCCUAUUAACGAGGGCAAUGAAAACCCUAAAAGCUACUGUCAGUUGUAGUGGCGGUAUCUAUCUCAGAAACUGCUUCCCCCAUUGCCUUGGUGUUCCCGAGUCUUGGGCGUCCUCCGGGUUCUGCACCAGAUGCUGAUUCUCUUCGCUGCUCAUAAUCUCAAAUAUUGAGAGUUGCUCUCCCAGGGUGUUCUCACGGUAGCGAAAAUCCCCCUCUUGUCUCACACUUACCUGUUAAGAAGCAUCUUUCCUUUUGGAAAUGUGAUUGUUUCACUGUAUGGAGCUGAUCUCUCGUUUGAAGCAAAUUAUUUUUCUCAAGAAAAUGCCUUAAAAUUAAGGGGAGUAACAAAAUAUUUGCAGCGUUGUAUAUGGAGGACAUUACUUGUAAUGUGGAUGGGCAGUUUAUCCAUAGUGGUAGAAAAUCCUAAUACCCCCUGCAGAGAAGGUGUGGGCAGUCUCAGCAGCCUUUAGGUCCUGCUAGAGUAUUGCCAUUUCCUACCACUGAUUAUCUCGGUUUUAGCCCUGGGCAGUGCCCAGCCUCACCUGCUUGCUGCAUCAGUCGGCAGCGCUUCAGAGACGAAUCCUUUUGCAACUUCACCUGAUGACUUUUAUUGGAAGUGCCUGUUGGAAGCCCUUCUUUGAAGCAUUGUGCUCCCUUCCCGCUGGCUUUGCCGUGGAUCAAAAUUAAUCGGAUUGUUAAUUUUUCACAAUAAAAAUGCCUCAAUUUUAAGUUUAAACCAUUUUAUUUUAGCAGGAUCACCAGUGGAUGCUUUAAUUCUGAAAUGUCUAAUAAACUUAUGUAAGAACAUCCACACAAGUAUUUUUCAUUGGCUUAAUGAAAUUGUUUAAAAAAUAAUUUAGCCUAAAUUCAGCUUCCUUAUAGAGACAGGCAGGUUUUUACCUGCAAACAGUAUCUCCUUGUCCAGAUUGAGACUUCUGCACAUAAUCAUUAUGCUGUUCUGAAUGUAUGACAGUGUUUUAGCAGUUAUUACUGAGCUUGGCUUAGACCUACAUUUUCUAUUCAGUGAGCCAGAUGAUUCCUUCUGUUCAGAUCUGUAAUUAUUUCCUUUAUUCUUCUCUUUAAUUAUGUUCCUGGAACACUCCUGUAAUGCACUGCAGGGUAUAUUUUACACAUGUGUAUAGAUCAGAAUGUAUGUUAUUCUUCAGUUUGCUCCAUAAAUCUUUUAGGUGCAUUUCUGCUCAAAAGUGCAAUUCUGAAGAUCUUAGGGGCUCAGUAAUGUUUCAGGAGAGUUAGACCUCAAUUAGCAUCCCUAAUUAAAUGACUUAUGUCGAGCUACCAGUGUAGUUGCCUUGUUACAUGUCAUGGCUGGACUGUGUCUGGAAAACUUGUUUUCAAAAGAAGAGUUGUGUUAUUUAACAUUAUAAACAUUUCUGAGGGAGAGGAGUAUGAUUUCUGCCAUCAGCAGCUGUGUCAUGUGCUAAAUGACUAUUUUAAUAUGCAAGCCUGUGUACCUGCUCAGACUCCCACAGUUGCACUCACCAUUGGUAUAAGCAUCUACUCCGGUGGAGUUACACCCACUCGUGCCAGCAGUGAAUUUGGCCCACAGGCCCUAUUCCAGUGCCAUCAAAACACUGACACCGAAGCCAAGGUUUUAUGGAUUACAUUUUUUAAAAGUAUUGCUCUAGUUGUUUGUUUUUUUUUUUCCCCACGGUGUUGCAGUUUGCUCUGGAGCCUAAAUUACUUGAUUAGUAGUCUAAUUUGAAUUUUCAUCUAAAUCAAACUGAACAUGCUAUUCUGCAGCAUAGUUUUUACAUUUGAUUAUCUGCAAAUUGCUUGUGAUUCCCUCAGCACAGACAAUGAAAUGGAGAAAAAUUACACAUUUGUAUUUGAUACAUGCUUAAAAUUAACUUUUCUGCCCCCCACCCAGGUAGAAACUGUAGCUUUUUGCAGGAAAUGGAUGUCAUCCAGAAACAGGAUGAAAACUGUUAUUGCUAUGUGCAAAACAGAACCAUUCACUUGCAGUACCUUUGGUCAACUCUUCAGGUAAGAGUUAACAGCAGAGAAAAGUUCAGGUUUGAGCCUAUUUCAGAAGAAAGCAACUGUCGUAAUUCAGAAACCGUCUUUGAGUUUGCUGCAUGUGCUGUUCAAAUCUUCCGGAAACCAGAGACAUCUACAGAAACUUUCAUAAGCAUAAAACAAUAUGGAGAGGAUAUUUGUUUCAGAAUACAGCCCUUCAAAACUGAACUGUACACCGUGAGUGUGAAACGAGGAAUGCUAGAUGGAAAGCUCUUGUUUUUGUUUGUAGCUGGAAUUUUUCUGUUCCAUUUUGCAAACAGCCUGAGCAGGAGUACCAAGUUCUUUUACCUUUCUGGAAUGAUACUGGGUGUUCUUGCUCAGCUAGUCUUUGUCCUGUUGACUCUUAAAAGGUUUAUUCCAAGGCACAGUACCUUCUGGAUCUUAAUGAGUGGCUGCUUGAUGUGCUCACUCUAUUUUAUUUACUGCUUCAAAGAGAAUAUGCAGUGGUUGUGGUUGGAACACAGAAACUACUUAUUGGGGUAUCUUUUGGCUGUUGGAGGUACCAGCUUUGCCACUUGCUAUCAGCAUGGACCUCUUACCACUGAACUGAGCAUCACCUUAUUCUCAUGGAUGCUACAAUUAACAGCCUUUGUCUUGAUGUACUGUGGUGUCACCAUACCUCAAGUUGCGUAUGCAGUAAUAGCAGCCAGCCUCUGUUCAAAAGGCCUGUGUUACCCCCUUGGUGCUGCUAGUCACAUAGGCAGAAAAAUUAAGAAUUACUUUAAAUCAAAGAAGUUAUUGUUUAAAUACCUUACUGAAGAGGAGUAUCGAGAACAAGGUGAAACAGAAACUAUCAGAGCCCUGGAGGAGCUGCGCUCAUUCUGCAGGAACCCUGACUUCCCAUCAUGGUUAGCUGUAUCCAAACUCCAGUCCCCACAUAGGUCCCUCUGCUGCAGCUUUCUCCAGUCCUCUGCUUCUCCAUUUCAGACAGCUGCAGAUGAUUUAGGAGGAUUUCCAUCCCCAAAUGUAUUUUUAUUAUUGCUUUCAAUUUCACCAUCACCUUACCUCGGAUGGGUACUGCUCUCCAUUCCAGGCCUCUCAACGGCCCACAAAACAGCUGCGGCCAUUUCAGCUGCUUGGAGAAACUGCUGUCAGCAGAGAUGGGGUGGUGCUGCAACCAUGUAAUUGGGAAUACAGAUAAACACAGCUCCACUUUCCUCAGAGUACUCAGUAGUGUGCUCAUUCAAUAAAAAGCAGAAAGUAAUUCCUGGCAAGGCAAUGAGGGAGGGAUACCUGGCUCCCACCUCGCUUUCUUUUGCCCUCUUUGGGACAUGGCACAGGAGAUGUGUGGGGAGGAAGAGAAAAGAACAGGGAGAGAAAUUUAGACAGUCAAAUGUCUUCCACUUCACGUAUUAUGCAGUCCUAGGGCAGGGAAUAGCUCAUGUCCCCUCAAGGUCAUCCACCUUCAGAGGUCAUUUUCUUAUUUUGUUCUUUAGAUUAUCCCUAUAUUCUGUCCUCGCCUUCCUGUGUUCCUUUACUGUCUUCCAAACUGCAGAAAACAAAAGACCAUUAAUUUUGUCACUGUCCCACCAGGAAUUGCCAGAGGUGGGAAGCAGUGAGCUCUCCAGAAGAGCAUGUCAGACCAGGAUGUAUUUGUUUUAAAAGGGACAUAUUUGUAACGUGCCUAAUGAUGCAGCACGACUUCAGCAGUGCGUGCACUACUGUAGUUUCUCAUUGUCCAUCACUGGACAAGGGAGAAAAUCUGUUCCCUCUAAACAGUACUAACCACAUUCCAAGAGCUCCUCUGUAUCAAACAGGGCUCAGAGUUGGUACUUGAAAGCCUUACUUACAUGGUUCCUAUUGCUUCCAACUUUGCUUCAUUUUAAAAGGGACUCUUUGAUUUUACAGUAGAGAGCCAUUUAACACCCUUUUGUGCUGUACAUUUACAAAUACAUAUGCAGAACCUAUAGCAUGCUUAGCAGAGAGAAGCCCUGUCAAGCAGGUGAUCCAAAAUACACUCACUGUUCUGUCCACAAUGUUCAAAAAUAGCGCAAGAGUUCUGCUGAGGAAGGCCACUAGCAGUUAAGGCUCACCUCCAAAAGGCUGCUGCUACCAAACUCCCAGCUAAAUUGCCACCCACGCUCUAGCAAUCAGGCUUGGCCUGGGGGGUUCUGUUGCUAGCAAGAAGCUGUUGUGAAAAUAGAGGAAAGUCUCUAUCUUUGAUGGUUUGGGAGAAGGAUGGAAACUCCCUGCCGAACAAUGAUCUUAGUAGGCUAAAGAUUUCAUUUUACCUUUGCUUGUGUCGCCAUUGUGAAAAUGAAGUACCUGAAAUUAUUACGGAUUAGUUAAAAAAGAAGAGAUGUCCUAAUGUUAAAUGGGGUUUGCAUGUUUUAAAGUACAUGGGUUUUUUCAGUGUACUUUGUAUUUAGCUAAGAACUCCUAUCCAUGUGAAUUGAGGCCAAGGGGAGAAUCAGAUUUGUCCUAGCUUAAGCCCACUGUUUUUCUGUAUAUCCUCUUUACUGAGGUACUGAUAAUUAUCCUUCCAUAAGUACAUAGUAUGUAUUUAUAUACAGUGGCUGAGAUAAUAUUUUACUUAACCAAUAUGUUAAACAGAAAAGCUCCCCAAAAAUAGGCAAUUACAUUUUUUCAGACACUGUCCCUUUUUCUAAAUUACUGAGAACAGUACCACAGACACCUACUCCAACAAGGAGAAAAAAACCAAAACAAACAUUUUUUGUAGUUGUGAAGUCCAUCAUCUGCCAGGGAUGGGACAAUACUAUCCAAAAUAGAGCAAGAAACUACUAAGUACAUUCAAGACAGAAGUGCAAUGACAUAUGUGAACAAUGACAACUACUUCAGAGGAUAGCUAAUACUGACCUUAAAAAUCCUCCCAAGCCUGUUCCAGCAUUGGAAGCAUUUCAUAAACAAAACCCACCAAAACCAACUGCUGUCAUUCGAGCCCUUUGCCAGCAGUGAGUUUACUUGCACAGUGCUCCUGUGAUAUAUGGAGAUUAUAUAGGCUUACUGUAAGACAAUUAUCAUGUACUGUCCAGUGUUCAGCCAGAAAAUCUGGGAACAGAAUCUAGAUGUUAAUCCAUUGCCUUAACCAGUAUAAAAGCCUUUUCUUCCUUAACAACAGAUGAGUUACAUUUAUCUUCUGUUUCAUGGGGUUUUUUUAAAAUUUAGAAUUUGUAUUUAUUUUGUAUUCAUGGUACAGCAUACUUGAUAUACUGUCUCGUACUUUCAAGAUUUUUUUAAAGUAAAAAUAUUUUUCAACUCUGUGGUUUUCCUCCCUUUAUGCAUUUGCUCACUUAGAACAGUAGGACAUAAGACAAGGAGGAGCCAAGCAAACUGGGAGUGUUCAUGUUCCAAGGUUUUCUCCCUUGGAGCAGAUUUAAGAAAUGGUAACGGUACAUUAGCUGUGGUUGCUCUGAAACAGUGUCCCCUCUGCCCUGACUGCAUUUUCCCGAAAGAGCUUGCUGUUCCCGUUCGCCACUCAUGACAGAUCCAAACCACUGCAAAGCCAAAUUCGAAAGGUGAUGAGUGAGGUCUGGCAGCUACACACGUGCAAACAACAAACCAAAACUAAGAUCCCUCCCUGUCAUCGCUUUUGUGUUCAUACAAGUUAAGCAGUUAAUAUAGUAAAAAUGUAAUCAUUCUACACCUAAGAAAAAAAAAAUCCAGACAAAUGUAUAGGGCAGGUGCAAUAGUGCAAAUAUAUUUCAUUAAUCAGAAAUAGAAAUGGGAAGUAUUUCCAUACAAGCUGACAUGACCUGCACUUCGCAGCCUCUCUCUCAAACCUGCUAGGUGACAAACAUCCAUUGUCUUUCACUCAUGAUGUCCUGCACACUUCUGUAUCAGCCUGUUUGUGAUGCACGCUGGUGUGCAUCCUCUACAUUCCCCUCACCCCACGAAAAGGAGUCUGGGCCUAUGGUCAGAUUUUAUCGUGAAACUGAUUUGAACACCAUGCAAGAGUAGUUCCCAGGCUCUAGGUUCACUAUCCUCCAGGCACCAUCCUCCAGUGAGCCUAGCAAAAGGGCAUUAUCACUGAAUUAUUUUCAAUCCAGGUGAUUAUGUUCAUGGUUUUCACCGUAAUAUGAGCAAAUAUAAGUUCAGAUUGAUACUAUUAAAUAUAUUAUGGAUAUUUUAUAUUUCUUACCACAGUUUUUACAGUUUCACAAAUAUCAAAACCCAGGUGUACAUGUCCAUUUUGCAACACAGAAUGACUAUACAAUUCCAAAAAGAGCAGGCAUUUCAAAUACACGAUUCUGAAGUGUAAACACAGUGUACAAGCUCUUCACCUCACAAUCCAGGUGGUAUGCAGCAGCAGCUGAGGUAACACCAUACAGCAUGAACUCAACAUAUGGUUGGUUUGCCUCAAGAUGAUUUUUAGCAUCCUUCUGUCCUGUCACCUGUUCAGUCUUUAGUUCUCCCCCAAGUUAUACAAACAUACAAUAAAUACAUUUUUGAUUUUAAAGGACACUUAGACAAGUCAUGAGGAUUUACGUGAGUACAGUACAUUUAAGUUCAAGUGCAAAAAAAGUAACUAGUGGCUAGUCGUCGAUGUUUCUUUUUAUUGUCUAUGGUGUUGGUCCCAGGCACCACCAGAACACGGGUGGUUCUGAAAGCACAGCUAAAGCACAGCUACGGGACACCCCCUCUGUCAAGCUAACCCAAUGUCAAGGUGGGUAGGAGUGCGUGCCCUCUCGUCUGCUCAACCACUGCCAUCUUUACCCCCCAACCCUGCGCUGCCAUCAGCCUUGCCUCUGGGUCGCUGUGCAGUGCCACAGCAUGCACCUUCCCUGGGGAAGGCCCGAACCAUCACACACCUCUGACUUCAGGGAGGGUUGAGCCACACUCACUCAGUUCUGUAGAAGCCAAGUGUUCAGAGUGCUCAGAAUCUCCCAGGAACAAGCUGUUAACAUAAGCAAAUGGGCCAAAACACUGUCCUGACUAACCCCCCCCCCACCCCUGACUCCUCCCUGAGCCCAAGGAUUUCCUUCCAGCAGCAAUUUUCGCUAUGCACCAGCAACUGAGCCGGCUGCAGUUAAUAUUGAAAAGCAUAAUAAAACAUAAUCUAAAGUCUUCCAGUGUUUUCUCAUUGGGCAAAGUAAUUUCCUAAACAUACCGCAAUUUCGUUACGUUUGAUUCCUCCUGACAAUCUCUCACUCUGCUUGAUUUCUGCAUCAACAACUUUGCCCCUGUAAUCCUAAUCAUCAAGACUUUCAGGUGAUUCCUCCCUACCCCCACCUUCCCCAGGCACUUAAAGCUUACUGUUUUCUCAAUAAAUAACCACAGUAACUACACUGCAUUAAAUAAACCAUUGUAUAGAUGAUGAAAUAAAAAAC